AUGAAUCAACUGCAAAAGACAUUUCGAAAUAAAUUGCGUAAAUCGCAAUCGUCUAAAAGUGAUGCAGAUAAAGCUAGCCACCAAACUGAUUCAUCAACUCCUUCCAUCGAUGUUGUCAUUAUCGGCGCUGGUAUCGCCGGUUUAGCUGCAGCUGAACUUCUUUGUGCUGACGGACAUUUCAAAGUUACCAUACUUGAAGGUAGUAAUAGAAUCGGUGGUAGAAUUUACACUACGGACCUGGACGAUAAAUCCAAACUGGAAAUAGGUGCACAAUUUAUCCAUGGACAUAAAAAGAAUCCAAUUUAUAAAUUGGCAAAAAAAUACGGCAUUAAAGUUUAUAAUGAAGCAGACUGCUAUAACGAGAAGAGUCUUCACUUAACCGAAAGGGGCGACGUUGUGCGAACUUCUAAAGCGAUAAAGGCUAUGGAUUUUUAUGAGGAUAUCCUUAAUCAGAGCACCAAUCGACAAUACUUAAAUGAAUUACCCAGUAACAGCAAUAAUGUUGGUAGUUAUAUUAAGUGGAAAUUAAAGGAAAAGUUAUCCACUAUCCCCAACAAGGAUGAGCAAUCAUUACUUGCCAGCAUAUAUUCAUGCCGCGAAGCAAUUGAAUGUGUUAUAUCAGCAUGUGAUUCUCUGCAGGACCUACAUCUCCAGGAUUUUGGAGACUACAUUGAGCUAUCUGGUGAGGAUAAAGAAUUUAAGAAUGGAUUUAGUGAAAUUCCACACAAGAUAGCUCAAAAUAUUCCAACAGACGUCUUGCAUUUAAAUAAUCGGGUUCAGAAAAUUAGGCGCAACAGCACUGAUACUGGUCAAGAUAAUAAGAAUGGUAGAGUAACAAUUGAGUGUACUAAUGCUAAGACUUACAAAGCUGAUUUUGUCAUAUGCACUGUCUCGCUUGGCGUUUUAAAAAAAGAAGCUGCUGAUUUAUUCGACUCUAGCUUAAGCGAGAAGAAAUUGAAAGUAAUUGAUCGCAUGGGCUUUGGAUUAACUGAUAAACUAUAUCUACGUUACUCUAAACCGUUUUGGAAACAUAGAGAUUUUUCGUACUUCUUUUAUUGGGACGACGAGGAUUACAAAGAUAGUCGAGGCAAAGGCAUCCAAUUAGCGGAAGGCGAAGAGUGGUUACGAAGUAUUGUCAAUAUAGAAACAGUUAGACUUAAUUCUGAUACUUUAGUAAUUUGGAUAAGCGGAGAAUGUGCUAGAGUCAUGGAGAAACUUUCGAAAAAGGAUAUAUCCAAUUCCAUUACUCGUGUUUUACAAAAAUUUACUGGAAUAUCCAACCUGCCAGAACCGUACGAUGUCAUCCAAACGAAAUGGUUUAGUGACCCCUUAUUUUGUGGUUCUUACUCUUAUAUUAGCACUAGCUCUUGUAGCGAUGAUGUGGAUACUUUAGCUGAACCAGAAGUGGACGAAGAUGGUUGCCCGUUGAUUCUUUUUGCAGGUGAAGCUACGCAUCGAAACUUUUAUUCCACAACCCAUGGUGCUUACCUGACAGGUCAAAGGGAAGCUACGAGAAUUAUCAAUCUAAUCAAUUCGAAUGCUUAA